UAACAACUGCAAUUCUGACACUAUUAUUAAAUGGAUUAGAAGAAGUAAACCUUCCUGCCAUUUUUCCUGCUAAUAUAUUAGUUUUUACACCAUUAUUAAAGGUUGCUACUCCUAAUGAAUGA